CCCCACCCAUUGCGUCUGGCAACCAAGACCAGCGAGGGCAGAAAAUGGAAAAACUUCUCAAAGAGGCUCCUGAAGAGUCCUUGGAACCUAAAAGCACAACCAAGUCCCCAGAUGACAGACGCACAGACAGCAAGGAAGACAACUGGGUGAGCCAGAAUGAAGAAGAGGCAGAUGACCAGACUGAUCAAAGAAGGGCUGAGCAGCCUGCCCAAGGAGUGUCUGGACAGACUGACCACAAAGUAUAUGAACCCACUGGACGCCAAAUAUCUGAUGAAGCUGAUCUCAGAGCAUCCAACCAUGCUAAUGUUGCUCAGGGUGGUACAUUUGAUCAGGAUGACCAAAGAAUGUAUGAGAAGACCUCUGGCCAACCCCAUCAUGACAGCCAGGUGUCUCUUCUGCAUGGACAAAGAACUUCUGUACAUAUUGAACGCAGAAUGUCCAACCAGACUGAAGGAAGAUCUUCUGAACAGAUUGACAAUAAGUUGUCUAACCAGUCCAACCAAGCACCUUCUGGACAGAUUGACCACCAAAUGUCCAGCCAAGCUGAGCAAAGAACUUCUGAACAGACUGAGGGCAGAUUGUCCGGCCUGGUUGAACGAAGAAGUUCUGAACAGACUGAGGGCAGAUUGUCUGGCUUGGUUGAACAAAGAACUUCUGAACAGAUUGGCUAUAGACCAUCUAACCAAGUUGACCCCAGAACGUCUAUAAAGACUCACCACAAAGUGUACGAGGAAGCUAUUGAACUAGCAGCUGAACAGCAAACUGCUGACCAGGCUGACAGUAGUGCUCAUCACCUUACAGUGAAUAAGACUGACUCUGGCGAUGAUUACAAGGUUGACCACUUAAUGGGUGAAAAGAAUUACUCCAGAAAGGACUAUCUGGCAGACGAUGAAGCACCUGGCCAGUACAAUGGCAGAAUAUUGACCCGAUUUGGUGACAGCAAGGAGAACAAAAAGGCUGAAUUCAGAGUAGAACCCUGCAAAUUUGAGGCCAGAAGAAUAGACCAUGACAGUUCCUGGGUUUCAGCUGAAACUGACACAGAAAGUGUAACCGAUCUGCAAGCAUUUGACUUAUUUGAUGCCAGAUUCUCCAGUAAUUUCCAAGCAAAAGACCAAGUCUAUUCCCAAAGAUUUCCCUCUAUCUCAUCCAAGCUGGACUAUGUCUUUGGUCAAGAGAAAACUAAAGCCAUAGAAACCAAACCUGAUGAUAUUCCAGAAUCAUAUUUCCAAGAAGGAAAGAGAUCUCUUGGAUACGGUCAGACUUAUAGGGGGCAAUUCCCUCCUAUUGUAUAUGAAGAUCCUUAUCAAGUUGCACUACGAUACAUGGAGAAACACCACAUUCUGCAAAUAUUUCAGCAGAUCACUGAAAACUUAGUCUAUGAAAAGCCAGAGGACCCCCUGAGUUUUAUGCUGUACAAGGAUCUCAGCUCCAUCGUCUCAACUCAAGGGUCUGCAGGGCUCCUGUUGGGUUCUCUUUUCCUACACACUAAGGCCAGGAAAUUUUCUGAAAACAGUAAGGUACAGGAAAUGAUAGAAAACAGAGACAAAUGUGAAACCUACAAAGAAUAAAUUUCUCCUCAACAUUCUCCUCAGUAUCAACACUAUGUUCUGUUUCUUGCUCUGAAAAAUGAUUUUUGAAUCGUCA